AUGACGGCAAUCAAUACAUUGGGCGUCCCAUUAUAUGUAUCAGCCGCUGGCGCAAUUGCACCCACAGCCCUGAACAACGGCAUUUACCCUCCAUCGACGAAGGCAGCGGUUCCGGAUGACGGCCUCUACCAUCCAGGGAAAUAUGCGGGCUCACAGAAUCUACCCGUUGUUUCAAACGCAGUUGCUCCUCAUGUGGAACCUCCGGCGACAAUUAUCGCCCCAGCAACUUCAAUUUGGAGCGCUGGUAGCGUAGUUCCAGUCCCACUAGCGACCACUCAGCCAACCACUCAGCCAACCACUCAGCCAACCAUUCAGCCAACCAUUCAGCCAACCAUUCAGCCAACUACUCAGCCAUCAACGACAACAUUCGCUGUGUCACAGCAAGUGACCUUCAGUAGCGAAGGCCUGCCUUCCGUUUCUCCCUCUCCGACUGCUCGAGAAGAGCCAGAAAUGCCACGACAAUCAGCCACUCUUCCACCAAUCCCAGCCAAAACAGAACAAGCGGAUAAAUCGCACAUCUACGCUAUCAUCAGCGUGCUGGUGGUCACAUGUGUGAUCGCAAUCUUCGUUCUUACUUGGUUGCGCAAGCAGAAUAAGAGAAGGAGGGAGCUUCUGGUGCGCUUCAAUGACCAGUUCAAACCUCCGUCGGACGGUACCAAUCUGGAUGGCGAGCAACUAAGAAAGAUCUUAUCCAACAUCAAAUCCAGGGGUACCGCAUCCUUUGAUACAGUCAUCAGAUCAGCGCGCAAGGAUUCCGGUGGCGGCGUCGGCACAUGGUCUCCCAAUUGGUUGACAGAAGUCCCAGAUCAAAACGAAAAGUCUGGCGAUGAGAAUCCCGAGAUAAGACACAGACGCUUUGAUUUCGAACGAGUCAACAGACAUCUGAAAAAGCUGGUACCGCAAACCAAAGAAACCAUUUCGACUGCGUGGUACGCCACGUAUAGCGAAUUCAAGCGGCGUACCACCCGAAAGCCUCGGCCACGUCCACGCGAGUCAAGGACCAGUGAUAUAUGGCCAGCGACUAUGAACAGCAGCUCAGAAACAUUCAUAUCUCCUCUUUCCUUGUCAGACGGGCCAAACUACGUAUUCAAGUGUCCCGAACUGCCAAGUGCCGCAGUCCUGCCAAUGCAAGAACACUCCGUGGAUCCACUCUGCCUUAGAGAAGUACUUUCUGCUGGUGAUGAGAAGACAGAUGGCUUGAGCGUAUCAAACGGAAGUUCCUGCACGGCCCUCAGACCCCAGUUGUCAAGCACAAGUUUGUUCCGCAGAGAUGUGUACCACGUCGAUAUGAACUAUGAGUCUCGAAAUGGGAGCCAGCUGAGCCUUCAGGAGGGCCAACAGGUUAUCAUAACUCAGAUCCUCGAUGAUGGCUGGGCAUACUGUCAGGUAGUCGGAAGCAAGAAAGAGGGGCUUGCCCCCCGUGCAUGCAUCUCUGCUUGGCCUGUGAAACGCGUGAUUACUCCCCCGACUCCAGGAGCAAAGCCCGGAGCAAAGCCCGGCUACUCACCACCCAGGACCCCGAUGUCGCCAGUAUCAUGGACUCAACCGCGCUUUUAUGCCUACUGGUGA